AUGGAAAAUAACAUGAGUGCAGCCUUAAUUUUCUCGAAUGUGAAAGUGAAUAAUGGAAGCUAUUUUGAAACAUUCACCGAGGAAGCAUUAAUUAUCAUUACUACAAUCACUGCAAUUCUACUUCUGCUUGCUAUCCCUGCCAAUAUUUUAGUUCUUCUCGCUUACCUGAAGACAUCUAGCGCGCUGAAGAAGCCUGCAAACUAUUUACUGGUCAACCUCACAAUCUCCGAAUUACUAUUGGCUUUGGUAGUCAUUCCCCUCCAACUACUGGUUCAUAUCAAACCGAGUUUAAUAAGCGAUGGUGGUGCACUUUGUAUGUUAGUGGGGAUCUUAACCUAUCCAUUCUACACGGCUGUCAUUAUUACCAUGAUCUGUGUCUCAGUGGAUCGAUAUUACGCGAUUCGAGCUCCAUUGAGCUAUAAAUUUAAGAUCAGCGGGAACCGGAUUGCUUACAUGAUAACCUACACAUGGUUCCAUGCUGGUGCGUUCGUCUUCGGAUUUGGUUUCUCCCUCGGCAUCGGGUUUAACCCUCAGAUGGGUGUCUGUGGUAUCCUCUGGGACAACAACAUGACUGUGAGCGGCGUGGGGGCAAUCACUCACAUAGUUCUACCGUUCUUUCUACUUCUGGGCCUGAAUAUCAAUCUCGUGGUCUCUCUAAAGCGCCAGAAUCGUAUCGCUGUAAAUAGCCUGGAUUACAGACAGAAUCAAAUCUGGAAAGCAAGGCAAGGUAAGUGCAAGGUGAUUGAAAUAAUUUAGACUUGUUACUCUGAAUAAAGCCUGGUUGACAGUCUGUUCUCACUGCAAAAUUCCUACUGUGUUCACUUUGAUAGUGUAUAAAACCAGCCCUAAAUUAAUGAAUGUAUCCCCGAACAAAUUGGAAGAAAUUUUUCCCUUAUCUACAAGUUUUAGACGUUUCCGUAUCUUUUGGAUCAUUUUUUCUAUACACAAACUUUGAUAAGAACUAAAAUGUUAUGAAUAGUUACGUGAAACGAAAGAAAAAUAAUAUCUUAAUUGGGGCAGGUGUGAGCGCAAUGUUGAAAAACAAAUUCAGAAAAACUUAAAAACAAUAUUAAAAUUGGUGUAAAAUAAUAUACAAUUUAGGAUUUUAUAAUUACUUCACAACAUGAUGCCUUGUUGGAGUUUUAUAUUUGGAGUUUGUUAUAUUUUUUAUAGUUUUCUAGAUCUGUUGGAUUUUUUUUUGAUACUGUUUCUUUAAAUUAAACAUAUAGUAUACCUUCACUGGAACACGUUUUGUGUUUUUGAACGUUUUAUGUUAUAUAGCUUUUGUCACCUCUCAAGAUGUGCGUAAAUGCAACUUUAAUGAACUAUAUGUCUAUAAAUCAAAUAAUCUUUUAAUUUAAAUUUUAAUUUAGACAACAAAUCACCGUGAGUCUGUGACGUAUGUCAUAUACUGUUGUAUUAAAAAUUCGUAGAAUAUUCUGUUGUCAGUUGACUGAUGUGUCCGUAUAGUUUGAGAUUCUCACUAGUCUAAUUAAAUUUCUAGUAAAUAUUAGCCUGUGUACAGCCGUUACUCUCGACGAAGCGCGAGAGAGUGAGUAACAGCUGUACACAGGCUAGUAAAUAUACAGGAUUCGUAGCGGUCUCUGAAAUCUUUGAAAUCCUUGAAUGCAGGUCUUUAAGGUCUUUGAAAAGUCUUUGAAUUGUGUGAAAAAGCGAAGAAAGUCUUUAAAAGUCUUUAAAUUCUUUAGUGACUAUUUGAUUAUACGAUUUCCUAGCUAAUAAAAUAGAUUGAUUGAAGCAAGAUUUUCGCAAAUAUCGACGAUAAAGUGCAUUUUAGGAUGUGAUUUGAAGGGACUAAUUACUGGGUAAAAAUGGUGCUUACACUCGCAAUUUUUCGACAGCUGAUUGCUCUCAAAGGUCUUUGAAAAGUCUUUGAAAAUAGGCAGAAAAAAUCUUUGAAAGUCUUUGAAUUUUUUUGGUCUUGGAGACUACGAACCCUGAUAUAAGAUGUAAAUGAAAACAUCAAGUUGACAUAUUUCAUUUCAUUUUAACAGCUCAAGAACGUCGCAUCACAUUUCUCGUAUUCUGGAUAAUAAGCACGUACCUAUUAUGUUGGCUACCGUAUCUAGUCACCAGAGGAUUAUGGGUGAUGCUAUCCCAGCCUACGUCAGCGCUGACAAGCACCAUAGCAACAAUAAGCUUGCAAUUGAGUGUGCUUAUCGACCCUUCACUUAAUCUUGUGUUUAGAAAAGACCUCAGAGCCACCAUAGAACGUUUAAUACGAAGACGAAGAAAUGAGAGCAUCACAAUUCCAACAGGAGGAUUGAAUCUUGGCUUCACUCGUGUUUCGGAAUAUACUCGUCACAAUACGAGAAUCUUUGUGCGACCGAAAUCUGAAAACGUGGAUGAUUAGACUCUGGGGAUCUCGUAGUGCAUUAAUGGUUAACCUCGGCAUAUCCGCUCGCAGAGAUAUGGUCCCUUGUAGAGGCGUAACCACGGGGGGAAUGGAGGAGGCCGGACCCCUCUCCCCACUUUUCUUCAG